GGACGGUCAGAGGAGCCUACGUGCAUCAGUUGCAUCUUGGAGCUCUUCAGCCAAGAGGUUCAGAGCCUUUUAGAGAGAAUAUAUAUAUCCCCGAGAAAGAGAGUUGAACUCUUCAUAAAGUCACAAUGCAGGGCACCUGGGUAUUGAAGGGGUUUGUGAGCGCGCUGCCUGUUCUUCUUUCCCUCCUCACUGUAACCCCAGACUUCGUAGGAGCUAAGAGUGACAAGGUGGUCUGCUACUACGCGUCUUGGGCCCACUAUCGAACAGGUGCUGCUAAAUACAUGGUAGAGGACAUCCCUGUAGAACUGUGCACACACGUGAUCUACGCUUUUGCCGUACUAGACGCAGGGACACUCAAAAUUACUGAACACGACUCAUACCUGGACAAGGACGAUGGAUUAGCGAGCUACAGGAAGUUUGUCGACUUGCGUCGGAGGAAUCCUAGUGCAAAGAUGUUGCUUGGUCUUGGUGGAUGGACCGAUUCCAGGACUGAUAAGUAUUCGCGGUUGGUGGCAAGUCCAAAGCUGAGGGCUGACUUCAUAACUCAUGCUGUCCAGUUCCUGAAACGAUACGGCUUUGAUGGGCUGGAUCUGGACUGGGAAUAUCCAGCAUAUCAGAGUUCAGCAAGUGAUAAAGAAGGUUUCCGGCUUUGGGUUAAGGAGUUACGCGAAGCGUUCAAUCCCCACGGCAUGCUUUUGACCGCUGCUGUGUCUGCCGGGAAAAACGUCAUCGACCAAGGCUACGAUGUCCCUGCCGUAGCUGCCGAUCUUGACCAGAUCCACGUCAUGGCUUACGACUUCCACGGAUCCUGGGAAAAACAAGUUGCUCAUCAUGCUCCACUCUUUCCAGCCCCUGGGCAGUCGCAAGAACUGUCUGCUGACUUUGCUAUUAACCACUGGAUCAAGAGAGGAGCGAAGGCUUCGAAGUUAGUUCUGGGCGUCCCAUUCUACGGGCGAUCUUGGACACUAGCUGGAAGUGAUGCAACUCCGGGGGCACCAGCAACAGGAGCUGGAACGCCUGGGCCACUGAUGAAGGAUGCUGGCACAUUGGCUUACUAUGAAAUCUGCUCAGCUCAUGAGCGAGAUGGCUGGAAGAAGAUCUCCGAUCCUGCUGGACCUUACCUAACCAAAGGAAAUCAGUGGGUCGGGUACGAUGAUAUCGAUGCAAUCAUUGGAAAGGCCAAGUAUGCUAAGUCAAAGGGACUGGGAGGUAUCAUGAUAUGGGACAUCGUCAUGGAUGACUUCCGAGGAACCUGCAAAGCCGGCACUAAUCCACUUCUGAGAGCCAUCGUGGACACCCUUGGAAAGCCUGGUACAGGCCCCAGUUCAACCCAGGCACCUACAGAAGGGACCACCCAACCAACAAAACCCAGUCCUACCUCAAACAGACCCCCAGUUACCACACCAACUGCCCCAGGCCAGGUGAAUGUCAGUGAAUGCAAGAGCACAGGCUUCACCCCAGACCCAACUAGUUGCUCGAACUUCUACAGAUGCUUGGGCGACCAGGUUUACUAUUUCAGGUGUCCUCCAGACCUGUACUGGAACCAGGCAAGGAGAAACUGUGACUGGCCCUUCAACACGUCUUGUGGAAGGAACUGAUUUGCUGUACUUCUGUAUUUGAAGGCGAAUAGACACUAAAAAAGGAGACAACACAGAAGCUCUGGGGAAAAUACAGAUUUGUUUUGAAAUUUCCAUCUAAUGAGUUAGUAUUCUAUUGCUCAUUCGUAAGAUUUGUCUAGUUAGAAAUUCGUAAAACAAAAGUUAACCUAAGGGUUGAUGGAAGAAACUCUUUUGGGGUGCAAUAACAACACCCUGUUACAUUAGAUUUUUAUUAAGUUAUUUUUUUUUAUUAAAUGUGUUAAUUUAUUUAACUUAUUUGUAGUUUUCAAACUGUUAGCGUUGUUUGAAUGUUAUUUAUUUUAUAACAUGUUAAUUUGUUUCGUAUAAACAAUUGUGCCUGUUAUGUUUAUCGCAUUGUUUGUUUAAACAUGUUAAUUUGACUAAAAUAAUUGGAACUAUUUCAUUAUUUAUGGUUUUGCUAAGGCAACUGAGCUAUUUAAGACUUGCGGUCUAGAUGCUUAUUAUUCAGUCAUUAGCUUUGAGUGAGAAACGUUAUAUAAAUACAUAUUGGA